AUGGUCGGUCUCUUCCCGAAUUCAACGGCCCUUCACCAGGCCUUCCUUCCUACUUCGCCAUACUACAAGCCUGCUGCUAAGCCCGCCGAACAUCCUCAGAAGCGUCCCAUUUUCUCAGCGUGGAGCGCGGCGGAGACUGCCAAAGACAAGGCCAUUGAACUGAGCGGAGCUGCCCAGGCCGAGUAUGAGAAGGCGAGCCAGAAGGCUCAAGCUAAAACUGGAGGCAUUGAACUCUAUUCAGCCAAAUACUAUGCCGCGUGCACCGUGGGAGGCAUCCUAGCUUGCGGCAUCACCCACACAGCAGUCACUCCUCUCGAUCUGGUCAAAUGCCGCCGUCAAGUCGAUCCUAACCUCUACAAGGGCAAUUUCGAGGCUUGGAAGAAGAUUGGAAAAGCUGAAGGCAUCCGCGGUAUCUUUACCGGUUGGGGCCCAACUUUCAUCGGCUACUCUGUCCAGGGUGCCGGAAAGUAUGGCUUCUACGAAUACUUUAAACGACUUUACAGCCAGCUCGCUGGUGAAGAAUAUGCAGCCAAAUACAAGACCGUCCUGUACUUGACGGCCUCUGCGUCCGCCGAGUUCAUCGCCGAUGUUGGACUCUGCCCAUUCGAAGCUGUGAAGGUCAGAAUGCAAACCACCAUCCCCCCGGCCUUUACCGGGACCAUGCAAGGAGUAGCUUCAAUCACAUCCAAGGAAGGUGUUGGCGGGUUGUACAAGGGUAUCUAUCCAUUGUGGGGCAGACAGAUUCCUUACACCAUGAUGAAAUUCGCGUCUUUUGAGAAUAUUGUUGCUGCCAUCUACAACUAUCUCCCGGGCCAAAAGUCAGACUACAACAAAGGAGCCCAGACUGGCGUUGCCUUUGUUGGUGGUUAUCUCGCCGGUAUCCUCUGCGCAAUUGUCUCACACCCCGCCGAUGUCAUGGUCAGCAAAUUGAACGCGGAGCGCGCUCCUGGCGAGGGAUUUGGCGCUGCUAUGAGCCGAAUCUAUGCAAAGAUCGGAUUCAUGGGUCUCUGGAAUGGUCUCAUCGUGAGAAUUGUGAUGAUUGGAACGUUGACUGGAUUGCAAUGGAUGAUUUAUGACUCUUUCAAGAUCUUCAUGGGCUUUCCGACCACUGGAGGAGGCGACGAGAAGAAGGCCAAGGCAUAA